CCCCCCCCCCCCCCCCCCCCCCGCUGCCGCAUCGCUCCGGUACCGAGUGGAGCCGAAGGGAGCCGAGAGCCAUGGCGACCCCUACGGAGGCAGCUAUGGGGGAAGCCGCUCGGGCCAAGGACCCCUUUAACUACGAUUACGAGUCCCUGCGCCUGGCGGGGUUGGUUCUCGCCAUCGUCAUGUUCGUGCUCGGGGUCCUCAUCGCGCUCAGUAAGAAGUUCAAGUGCAAAAAGGCGGAGCCAAGCCCCCCGGACCCCCGGCAGCCGACCAAGACCCCCAGUAACCCCGCGGCCACGGCGUAGCCCCGCCCCCUGGAGCAUGACCCCCCCCCUCCCCCCCCAUGUUAAUGAAUGGGGAUGGGGGGAGGG